ACUCCCAAUUCUUUGCACUGCUUCAGUUAGUAGAGCAUUUAUUUUUGUAUCGGCUGCAUUUGUUAAGACUGUAACAACGAAAGGCAUUUCCUGAGAAGCUGCAAGGAUGAGCAGCAAGAAAGAACAACAGCUAAGGAAAUAUGGGAGCCUAGUAGUGCUUUUUAUUUUCCAAGUUCAGAUUUUUGGUUUUGAUGUUGACAAUCGACCUACAACAGAUGUCUGCUCGACACACACUAUAUUACCUGGACCAAAAGGGGACGAAGGUGAAAAAGGAGAUAGAGGAGAAGUAGGAAGACAAGGAAAAGUUGGACCAAAAGGACCAAAAGGAAACAAAGGAACUGUGGGGGAUAUUGGUGAUCAGGGAAUGAUUGGCAAAAUUGGCCCAAUUGGAGGAAAGGGUGACAAAGGAGCCAAAGGCUUAUCAGGGGUGCCUGGAAAAAAGGGAAAAGCAGGCACAGUCUGUGACUGUGGAAGAUACCGCAGAGUUGUUGGACAACUGAAUAUCAAUGUCGCUCGGCUUAACACAUCCAUCAAGUUUGUAAAGAAUGUUAUAGCAGGCAUCAGAGAAACAGAUGAGAAAUUCUAUUACAUUGUCAAAGAAGAGAAGAAUUACAGAGAAGCCUUGAUCCACUGCAGGGAUAGAGGAGGAACACUAGCAAUGCCUAAAGAUGAAGCAACUAAUGCCCUGAUUGCUGACUACAUCUCCAAAAGCGGCCUCUUCCGAGCAUUCAUUGGGAUGAAUGACAUGGAAAAAGAAGGACAGUUUGUGUAUGCAGACAACACCUCACUGCAGAACUACAGUAAUUGGAAGGAAGGGGAACCAAACGACCCAAAUGGGCAUGAGGACUGCGUGGAAAUGCUCAGUACAGGCGAGUGGAAUGAUUCAGAGUGUCAAGUUACCAUCUACUUUGUCUGUGAAUUUCUCAAGAAGAGAAAAUAAAAGUGCCACAGAAUGUGCCUGGCACUUUCUGUACAUAUAAUAACCCCUCGUGAUUCAUCCCUUGUAGGAAAAGCAGACUAAAAGGGCUCAGCUCAGCUUUCACUUCACUGGGUUAAGGAAGAGUAACUAUUGCUGAGUGAGCUAACGGUGGCCCUGAAAUCAGUUCAGGUCUGUAGGUGGCAUUCAGCCAAUAGUGAAUAUGUAUUUUAUUUUUAUGUGCAAUUUAGGGUGGUUGGACAAAAGUAGAGUAUGCAGAGGUGAACAUGACUUCACUAAUGCCAGAAACAGUAAACUCACCGGUAUAUUAACUGCCGAUGAGCUUCACAAAGUCCACUUAUCUUUGACCUGCAUAGGAAGUCCCAACACUUUCCCUGGAGACUUCAGACCUGGAGGGACACAUUUCCUGUUUCUCUUGAAAAAAAUCCUUCCUUUGUUAGAAUCACAGAAUAAUUAAGGUUGUAAGGGAUCUCUGGAGGUCAUUUGAUCCCAUCUUCCAUCCAAAGCAUGGCCAAUUUCAAAGUUAGAUGAAAAGUUGUUACCCUCCUUGCUUGUGACUAUACAAUUAUAUUGCCUGAUAUGCAGAAGAGGACUCACUUAUCCUUACUUCCCACUCCAUCAAUCCAUCAGGCUGGUCUAAAGUGUUAGGAAUUAACUUAGCACUGGCACUGAUGUUCCUCUGCAGGCAACUCUGAGCAGCUUUUAUGCAAUUUGAGAAUAAAUGGAGCACUUCUAGCUUCUGAUGACCCCCCCAAAGGCAGCUAAAUAGAAAAGUCUAGCACAAAGAGAACUGUAUAAAGGAAGCACCAUUACUGUAGGCUGUAAACAGACACAUUCAGAUUCAUUUAUACCAAUGCACACUGCUGGUUUAACAAGUGAUUCUAGAAACAUGCGAAUGCCCUAACUCAGUAGUCAGUGAUACUUGAUGUUUAAUGCUAAAAUCACCUGUUCCUUCGCAACAUAAUAAGCAGCUUAACAUCAACAGCCAUAGAAUGUUCUUUACCCUCUAAGAGCUCAGAACUGCAUGUAGUUGAGCAACUUAAUUACAUACUUCAGUAACACUCUUCACAAAUGAUCAGCAGUAAGAGGCUUUGCUGUCAGGGCCUGACUCCUGAGUUUUCCAUGGCACUAUGCCCACAAUGGAUCAGAUGUUGAUAUAUUUUUAAUAAAAAGAAGCAGUUUUGUUCAUGUGGUAGAAGAGCCCACACUCACAUGGCAUUUUCUAAAGCAUUUCCAGGACCGUUCUGAAGUCCAGGGUGCUGCUGACAUACAAUUAUUUUGCCUUCAGAACUAGCUUUUUCUUAGACUUACUUCACGCUGCUUAAAAAUCUUGCCUUUCCUCACAGCAGAAGAUGUCAGGAGAAAUUCCUCUGCAAGAGACCUCCACAUCUUCUUUCCAAUUUGACACAGAAAAGGAGGGAGAGAUAUCUGGAGGCUGAAGAGAAUGCGAGGCAUUAGUCACAGGCACUAAACGUACCUUGUAAGUCACUCUAAACACCAGUUGUGCAUAGUGUUCCUCUGGCAAUAUGAGGAAGGUCACUUCAAAGCCAGACAAGAAGGCAGUUCCAUCAGGUAGUGAUGCAAAGGAUUAGCUGCAGGUCUCCCAUCUGCUGCUAUAUACACAAUGUAGAAGCAAUCAGACAACAGUCACACUUACCCAGCUUGGCCCUCAAAAGGAAAAUCCUCCAAACUCAUUUCUGAGCAAUGACCAACCCAGAAGCCUCCCAGGAGACUCUGUAACUCAGAAUCACUCUACUAAACCAGUUUCUCUACUACUUGUUUAUCUGGAAAACAAUUUGCUGCUACCAGCAGUAAAUUUCCCUUGUUGCUGCCCACCAUCCAGACAACUUUUCAGACCUGUGAGUGCAGGGGCGGGAUCACAUUUCUUUUCAUGUUUCCCCUACUACGCUAUAAGAGUGUUUGGGCAAACAAGUUCACGUAGCACAAUGUACCCUUCCUGUGUUAUCCCCUUACUGGGAAGCUGACAUUCCCCAACAUCAAGCAGAAUUCCACCUGUUAGGAUGUACCGUAAUAAACUCAAUAAGCUAAACUCA